ACAGCCGAAAGGUAAAUUGUACUGUAAGAUUCUUGUUCUUCAUGUUGCCAUUGUAGUAGCAAACUGGAUGUUUCCUGAGUGCAGUGCAUGAUCUUCAAGUGUGAGAUUGUUCGAAUGAUCAAGUAUAUCAUGGCAAAGGUUUUACCACCGGGGCUUGUCACUUACCCACGAUUCAGGUGGCUGGUCAUCCCAGAGCUCCGGAGUCCGGACCUCACAGGAGACUUCAGCCUGCUUGCUGUUUUGGACUCGAGUGGCACCCGAACAUAAGUAACUAAUCUAUACUUCACCACCCCUUACUGCUCACGUGCUCCAUUUGAGCCCUAUGGGUCUCCCCUCUCCUUGACAUACACGCCAGAGUGAACAAUCCAUCUAGAUCUCAACGAAAACAUCAGAAAAAAAUUCUAGAUAAAUGGGAUCAAAACAUUAAUAUUCAGGCAAGUGGGAUCCUAGGGGUCCGCAGGCUUAACCUGGGUUCAUACUACCUAACAUUUUGUCUUUUAGGUUGUAUCAGCAAAUCUAAGCAUGAUACUCUAUUUGGUCAUAAUGACCAAAUACAUAACGUUUUGAUAAGGUACGUCUCUAAUGUAUAGUUUUGAUUAUUAUUUUUUAUUAGAAUAUAUUUAUAAAAUUCAUUAAAUUUGUGAUAUUAGGAAAGUAUUUUUUAAAUCUACGCGUAUAAUUUUAUUAUUUCUAAACUAAAUAUUUUGAAAACUAUUGUUUGUAAAAGUUUAGCUAAAUAUUUUUUUUAAAUGACAUGUAUUUAUGAGCGUAGAGACAAUAAGGAAUGAAGCUGUGGUGCAGAGUACUUAUCCGUAUUUUAGACCUAGAAGGACUGACUCGACGAGCACCACUUUGUCGAAUAGGACCAAGGCAUAUCGUGGUACAAACUUUGCAAAACUGCUUGGCGGGCUGGCGUAGUUGCUACAGUCCAAGCCACCUACACACCACGCCAUUCCAACAGCAAAGAAGACCGCAAGCAAAAACCGAAACCAACCGAACAGGAAAGGUGGGGGAGAAAAGACCAAAAUACUCCCCCCUCAGCAGGCAACCCUUCCGUCCCUUUCUCAUCGGUCAUAAUCUAUCUCCUGAUCUCCUCUCUCCCCACUCCAAUGCUCCGCUCCACUGGCGAGAUGGGGAGAGGCGCCCCUCCCAUCUCGCCGCGCCUCGCGCUCGGGGCGGUGCUGGUGCUGCUCGCGGUGGCGGCGGCGCUGCCUUCCCCGGCGGCAGGGGUCAACGUGACGGCCGUGCUCGCUGCGUUCCCCAACUUCGCCGACUUCGCGCGGCUGCUGGCGUCCACCCCGGUGGCCGGUGAGCUGGCCGGGAGGUCGUCGCUGACGCUGCUGGCCGUGCCGGAUGCCAACCUGCCGCAGUCGCCCUCGGCGUUCGCGGCCGCCGCAGGCGCCGACAUUGCCGACAUACUGCGGUACCACGUCCUGCUCGAGUACCUCUCCCCGUCCGAUCUCACCCGCCUCCCCGCCUCCGGGAAGCUCGUGACGACGCUGUUCCAGACCACGGGACGCGCGCCCUCCGACCUCGGCGUCGUCAACCUCACUGCGGGGUCCAACUCCACCGUCGUCGUCCGCUCGCCGGAGCCAUCCCCGAGCUCGAACGCCACCGUCCUCGUCGCCGUCACCGCCGUGCCAUACAACCUCAGCGUGCUCGCGGUCGGCGGCCUCAUCUCCCCCUUCGGAUUCGACCUCGCGGCCUCUGAGAGCCGCCCACCCCCGCCGGUCAAUAUCACCCGCGUCCUCGCCGACGCGCGGGGAUUCAACGUGGCGGCCUCAAUGCUGCAGGCUUCCGGUGUGACUGGCGUGUUCGAGGACGACGAACACGGCGCCGGCAUCACCGUCUUCGUCCCCACCGACGACGCCUUCGCCGGCCUCCCCGCCACCGACCGCCUCCAGUCACUCCCCGCCGAGCGCAAGGCCGUCAUGCUCCGCUUCCACGUGCUGCACUCUUACUACCUGCUCGGCUCCCUCGAGUCCAUCGUGAACCCCGUCCAGCCCACGCUCGCGACCGAGUACACUCAGGCUGGCCGCUUCACCCUAAACAUAACCCGCGUCAAUGGCUCCAUCGCCAUCGACACCGGCGUUGUACAGGCAUCCAUCACCCGCACAGUGUUCGACCAAAAUCCCGUGGCAGUCUUUGCCGUCUCCAAGGUUCUACUGCCCAAGGAAAUGUUCAGCCAGGGCGAUGCUGACAGCACCGCUGUGUCGCCACCUUCGGUCACGAUGGCACCAGAUGCCGCUGGGAACGAGCAGACACCGCCGACGAGGCUGUCAUUGCCGCCCGACCUGCACGAGGAGGAUAACAAGUCGUCAGCCGCAUUUGCAAUGACAAAGGGGACCGUGUGGUGGUGUAUAGGAUUGAUGUACCUACAGCUGCAUCUGUUACUAUUUCUGGUAUGAGGUCCAGGUGUUACUCGUUGCUCGCUUCCUUGUGCUCAGUUUUUGUUCUUACUGUCUUUAGAACGUGUACACUGGGAAAUGGAUGGGAUGGGGAGAGAAUUCCGUAGCUGCAAAGUAGCAAAAAAAAAAAAAAAGUUGCUUCACUUGAUUAUUCCCGUUUCUUUUUCCUUUUGUCAUGUGGCAAAGGGAAAAAUAAUAUCACACAUAGAAAUCUAUUCAGUCCUUUUGUUCCAAAAUGAAUAGUAUUUUCCAUUUUGAA